GUACCACAACAAGAGAACACUCACUGCGGAUCAUCAACUAAAACAAAACCGCGCGCACACUACGGCAGGAUGUGGUCGACGAGGAGCGGGUUCUCCUGGAGACUUUUUCUUUUCUCCUGCGUGUUUCUGGAGAGUUUAUCCCAAGACUUUGUUGGACAGACACAGUUCAUAUGCACAUCCGUGCCUAAGGAUGUGGACAUUUGCGCGGCCACACUACAGAACAGUGUACCGGGGGAGGACUUGAAAACGACCGUGAUGCAGCUGCGGGAGACCGUGCUGCAGCAGAAGGAGACGAUCAUCAACCAAAAGGAGACAAUACGGGAGCUGACCUCGAAGUUGGCCAGGUGCGAGAGUCAGAGCGGCGGCGUGGAGCCCGGGGACGCGCGGCCAGGGAGCAGGAGGAAGGAAGCGGGGACCAAAAACACAAUGGGGGACGUCUCUAGAGGCCCCGCGGAGACUUUGACGCAGCUCUCUCAGACUUUACAGUCACUGAAGCAGAGAUUAGAGAAUCUAGAGCAAUUCAGCAGGAGCAACAACUCGGUGCAGAACAACAGCCUGAAGGACCUGCUUCAAAGUAAAAUCGAUGAUUUGGAGAAGCAGGUGUUGUCCCGGGUAAACAGCAUCGAAGAAGGAAAGCCUGGUCUCAGGAAUGAGACUGAGCAGCGUGGGAGAGUAGAGUCCACACUCACCUCUCUACACCAAAGGAUCACAGAUCUAGAAAAAGGUCAGAGAGAAAACAGGCCUUUGGAUAAAUUUCAGCUCACAUUCCCUCUGAGGACCAACUACAUGUAUGCAAAAGUGAAGAAAAGCUUGCCUGAAAUGUACGCCCUGACUGUUUGCAUGUGGCUAAAGUCCAAUGCAUCACCUGGAGUAGGAACACCUUUCUCCUAUGCAGUCCCAGGUCAGGCCAACGAGUUGGUCCUCAUAGAAUGGGGAAAUAACCCGAUGGAGAUACUGAUCAAUGACAAGGUUGCAAAACUGCCUUUUCUCAUCAAUGACGGAAAGUGGCACCAUAUCUGUGUGACCUGGACUACUCGGGAUGGGGUUUGGGAAGCUUACCAGGAUGGUGUCAAAAGAGGGAGUGGAGAGAAUCUGGCUCCGUAUCAUCCAAUCAAACCCCAGGGAUUACUAAUCCUUGGCCAAGAACAGGACACCUAUGGUGGGGGAUUCGACGCCACACAAGCCUUUGUUGGGGACCUGGCCAAUUUCCACAUCUGGGAUCGGAAGCUGUCCGUGGGGGAGAUUUACAAUUUAGCCACCUGCAGCAGCAAAGCUCAAGUGGGCAACGUGUUUGCAUGGAUGGAGACGAGCCUGGAUAUUUAUGGCGGUGCCUCGAAAUGGACAUUUGAAGCUUGUCGUCAGCUCAACUGAACUGACCUGUAAACGAAGAAAACAUUUGCAAAUGCCAUUUUUGCCACGGUGUCAGCCAACUUAAAGGAUCAGGAUAAGACUCUUUCAGUGAACAGCUUCUGGGAUUUUUAUAGGUCUUUUCAAAACUUUAUUUGUGGAAGAUUUGAUAGGUUUUUACUAGAAUCUUGUGUGGGAGGAGGUCACUGAAGAGGUCAACCUUGGCAUCCUGCAGUGCUUGAUUGUACAUGUGGUUAUAUUUGGAAAAAGCUACUGAUGGCACUUCUGAAAGGAAGGGGUCGCUCUGUAAGAGCAAAAAAAUAACAGGCCGGGUUGAAGCGUGCUGCAGGGAAGUCAUGUAGGGUUUUGAAAACUGAUGUCACAGAACUUGAAGAAAACUAAUGAAUUCUUCAGCAGUCUUUCCUGUCUUGACUGCCAGGGAUUUGCACUGUGGAAAACACGCAGGUGGACUUAUUUAAAAGCAAAGCUUUGCUUUUGGAGACCAUGAAAAACACAAAACUGUUUCUUGAUCACUCUCCUUUCUCUAAAACCACCCCGCUUGGCGUGAUUUUUGUGCAAAGACUCUGAUAUCUUCAUUGCCAACGUAAGAGCCUGAGUGCCUUGGGUUGUUGAAGAGACAUGUCAGCACAUUCAUUAUCAUUUGCAGAGUGUUUGUGUUUAUUCUCCUGUAAACUGAUUUUUUUUUUAAAGCAGUCUUUGUUGUAACACUUUAAAAUGCAGUUGGACCAGAUUGUGUGCUGUGAAAUGCAAUUUGUUUCGCAUCUCUUUCCGGUUGAGUGGGAAUGUUCCUCUGUACAGUAACAAGCAUGUCUUAACUUCUGCGAUGCUGCGUCAUCAUCUCUAAUCUUUGCUUUUACUGUCCUUACCUUUGAGUUGAGCUUUUAUACUGUAUUGUUAUAGGCUUAAAGCAUGGCGACAAUGACGGAUGAAAAAAAAAAAGUUCUAGUUUUUGUAACAAAUUGUGAUACUUGAACCAUAGGCAGGUGUAUAUAUAAUUAUUUUUGCACAUGUUGGGUAUGCCGUAUGAGUUGACCAAAUGUGACACUGUCAAAGUUCAUUUUGGCUCGCAGUUGGUGCAAAAUGCUGGUCAAAAUAAAGUCGUUGAUGACACAAAGGUUAGAGGAGUCAUUAUGUUAUUCAUCCAUUUCCAUUCUUCAGACCAUUUAGGUCCACUUUAGGGAAGCAGGGAGAGGAAUUGAAGAAGGGGUACACUUUCUGUUUCCAGCUCUGGUUGGAUGAUUUCCAGAUCCUCUCGAGCCAGCUGGGUGAAAUAAUCGAGUGCCAAUUUUGAGCGAGCCAGGAAUCACCUCAGCUGCUUUUCCUCACUAAACUGCUAAAAGCAGAGACCCAGGAGGUAUCAAUGGAGUUUUGCCAUGAGUAGAAUGACAUACAUUCCUCAUAGAUUUUCAAGGAUUUUGAAACAAAAGUUGGCAAUUAGCAUUAUGCAACUCAUUAGAGCACGUUUCUUCUUUUGACUGCAAUCCUUUUGUCACAUGCAUUCAUUGUCCUUUCUGCCAAAGAGAGCAGUAUUUUUUCCCUUCUGUUACAUAAAAUAUGCAAUUAUGUUAGACCAUAAAAAAAGAUACAUCAAGAAAGAUAUAUUAUGAGUAAACACAUAAAAGUAUGAAUUAUUCCUUAAUAGAAAAAGCUAUCCAAACAAACUACUGGGCAAUUGUUUGGGUUUUCAACAUAAUCGUAAUUUAACAACAUGCAUAUCCAAAUUGGCCAGACUCCAUCUUUUAGUCGCAUUACAUUUAACAAGAGAAAUACACAACAUUUCCCCUUGCAGCCAUUAAGGUGGCAGUAACCCCACACUGCUCCCUGGGCGCCCUAUGAUGGCAGCCCACUGCUCCCCAAGGGGAUGGGUUAAAUGCAGAGGU